GGUACCAGAAUCUAGUAACCAUGUCCUGGUCUGUCCCCUUUUAAAGGGUACCAGAAUCUAGUAGCUAGUAGCCAUGUCCUGGUCUGUCCCCUUUUAAAGGGUACCAGAAUCUAGUAGCUUGUAGCCAUGUCCUGGUCUGUCCCCUUUUAAAGGGUACCAGAAUCUAGUAGAUAGUAGCCAUGUCCUGGUCUGUCCCCUUUUAAAGGGUACCAGAAUCUAGUAACCAUGUCCUGGUCUGUCCCCUUUUAAAGGGUACCAGAAUCUAGUAGCUAGUAGCCAUGUCCUGGUCUGUCCCCUUUUAAAGGGUACCAGAAUCUAGUAGCUUGUAGCCAUGUCCUGGUCUGUCCCCUUUUAAAGGGUACCAGAAUCUAGUAGCUUGUAGCCAUGUCCUGGUCUGUCCCCUUUUAAAGGGUACCAGAAUCUAGUAGCUUGUAGCCAUGUCCUGGUCUGUCCCCUUUUAAAGGGUACCAGAAUCUAGUAGCUUGUAGCCAUGUCCUGGUCUGUCCCCUUUUAAAGGGUACCAGAAUCUAGUAGCUAGUAACCAUGUCCUGGUCUGUGGUGAGAUGUCUGAUGAGUGGAAGAUUAACAUUUUUAGAUUGUUGUGGUUCAUGUUGGACAAGUAAAAUCAGUCAAAGUAAACGCUCUGUUAGAAAUGAAGUCUUCACAUAACCCUACGACAUUGUGUUUGCUUCUAUCCCUCACAUAACGCCUCUACGAUUUACACAGCCCUGUUUUACCCACCAACCUCCCUCUCUCCCAGGAGACAGCUCCAAGAGCAACGCUGGUAUAACACUACCGACUAAUGCUGUGUACAUGUAAUGGCAGCACUGAUGUUGCAGUAAUAAGAUAACUGUGAAGUUUCUCGCCUCUCUUCCCACGUCUAGUUCUUUGUCCCAAAUGGCACUGUAUUUCCUAGUGCCCUAUGGGCCCUGGUCAAGCAGACUACAGUAUAUAGGACAUGUGGGGGACAUUUGAGAUGUGGUUUUGACCUAUGUAACGGCUGCACUGAUACGGACUAGAUGUUGUCCUCAUCUCUCACUAGUUAACUGUACUGUUGUCCUCAUCUUUCACUAGUUAACUGUACUGUUGUCCUCAUCUCUCACUAGUUAACUGUACUGUUGUCCUCAUCUCUCACUAGUUAACUGUACUGUUGUCCUCAUCUCUCACAAGUUAACUGUACUGUUGUCCUCAUCUCUCACUAGUUAUCUGUAAUGUUGUCGUCUCUCACUAGUUAACUGUACUGUUGUCCUCAUCUCUCACUAGUUAACUGUACUGUUGUCCUCAUCUCUCACUAGUUAACUGUACUGUUGUCCUCAUCUCUCACUAGUUAACUGUACUGUUGUCCUCAUCUCUCACUAGUUAUCUGUAAUGUUGUCGUCUCUCACUAGUUAACUGUACUGUUGUCCUCAUCUCUCACUAGUUAACUGUACUGUUGUCCUCAUCUCUCACUAGUUAACUGUACUGUUGUCCUCAUCUCUCACUAGUUAACUGUACUGUUGUCCUCAUCUCUCACUAGUUAACUGUACUGUUGUCCUCAGCUCUCACUGGAUAACUGUAAUGUUGUCCUCAUCUCUAACUAGUUAACUGUAAUGUUGUCCUCAUCUCUCACUAGUUAACUGUACUGUUGUCCUCAUCUCUCACUAGAUAACUGUAAUGUUGUCCUCAUCCCUAACUAGUUAACUGUAAUGUUGUCCUCAUCUCUCACUAGUUAACUGUAAUGUUGUCCUCAUCUCUCACUAGUUAACUGUACUGUUGUCCUCAUCUCUCACUAGUUAUCUGUAAUGUUGUCCUGACCUCUCACUAGUUAACUGUAAUGUUGUCCUCAUCUCUAACUAGUUAACUGUACUGUUGUCGUCUCUCACUAGUUAACUGUAAUGUUGUCCUCAUCUCUAACUAGUUAACUGUAAUGUUGUCCUCAUCUCUCACUAGUUAACUAUAAUGUUGUCCUCAUCUCUCACUAGUUAACUGUACUGUUGUCCUCAUCUCUCACUAGUUAUCUGUAAUGUUGUCUUCACCUCUCACUAGUUAACUGUAAUGUUGUCCUGACCUCUCACUAGUUAACUGUAAUGUUGUCCUCAUCUCUCACUAGUUAAUUGUACUGUUGUCCUCAUCUCUCACUAGUUAACUGUACUGGUGUCCUCAUCUCUCACUAGUUAACUGUAAUGUUGUCCUGACCUCUCACUAGUUAACUGUAAUGUUGUCCUGACCUCUCACUUGUUAACUGUAAUGUUGUUGUCGUCUCUCCAGAUCUAUCCAGGUGCAGUGGAGCUGAUGCAGGUCAUCGAGGAAUUCAUCCACAUCGUUGGCCUGGGCAUGAAGGAUUUCCACAACGCCUAUCUGAUGACUGGGAACUUGGUGGCCAGCAUCCAGAGGCUCCCGGCACUGUCUGUGAUGACUGACAUCAACUUCCCUAUGAAGGGACGUAAAGGCAUGGUGGACUGGGCCAGGAACUCUGAGGACAAGGUGGUUAUCCCCAAGGGCAUCUUCCUACCACAGUCUGCAGACAUGGAUGGAUCACCUGUUUUCAUCUUGGGGACUGUCCUGUACAAGACUCUGGGACUGAUGCUGCCUUCACCAAGGAACCACACGGCAGUGAGCUCCAAAGUCAUUGCUGUCACAGUGAGACCAGAGCCCAGGAUAACAGAGUCACACCUGGAGAUCGAGCUGGCUCACCUGGCCAACGGAACCCUGAGUCCUUACUGUGCAUUGUGGGAUAACGGCGUCAU